AUGCAGAACAUGUCGAGGCGCUUUGGUCGCCUGACGACGAAGUCGUCUGCAGAUGACAGCCAAAUUGCUGUGCUUCUCAAAGAUUUCGACGAUGCAGAUAUGCUCCUGGGAAAGAUUGUGGAGUCUACCCAAGCCUGGCGUGAUGCUUGGGUCUCCAUCGCGACUUAUCAGAGUUGCCUUAUCGAUGAGUUUGACGGCCUCUACGGUCCUAUCGUUGGAUCCUCGGAGACCCCGUCUAAUCACAAAGCCGUGGAAACCGACCCCAUCAGAUUAGCUCGGACAAAUCGACUGCGCAAAGAAUAUGACGAACUGCGUACCGAUCUCAUAGAAGAACUCAGUGCUGUCGAUACUCGCAUGUCCCAGCCGGCUGCGCAUGCCAAAGAGUCCCUUGCGCCGAUGAAAAAAACGAUCAAAAAGCGAAACAACAAGAAGACUGACUUCGAAAUAUCGCAAGGACGUGUUGAUAGCCUCGCGAAAAAACAAAAGCGCACCGAUCGCGAAAAUGUGAGCCUUGCCAAAGCGGAGGCGGAACUUGCCAAUACGAAAGAGGCUUACCAAGCUGCCGACCAUGAUCUACGACAGCGACUUCCAACAUUGAUUGCUCUCAUCUUCUCCCUGACGCCAUACAUCCUCGAAGCACAGGUUGAGAUUCAAAAUCGCAUGCUUGCGCACUAUUACACAGUGCUUCACACGUACUGUGCAGAGGAGGGAUUCCCAUCCCCACCACCAGCCAUGGAACAAGUUGUCCAAGACUGGGAGUUAGCCUUCAACCCCGUGCAAGCUGAAAUAGAUAACUUCGGCUGCCUGGCCCAAGGCAAGGCCAUGCGCCGAGCGGCAGCCGACCAGGAGAAUAAGAAACGUCCCUCGAUUGGAGGCCGCAUAUCCAGCAGAACCUCAUCGAGUUCGCUCCAUGGUUCUUUCCGCCGGGGAUCACAGACACCAGGGUCGUCGAGCCAGACACCCUGCGUGCCCGAAUACCCUCCAUCUCCGCCCCUAUCAACCAUCAGUCAUAGGAGCAACGCAAUUCCUGUUGGAAACACUGCGGGAUCCCCGGCCCUCUCGACGGGCGGCGACUACUUCGACCCUCCUCGCCCGACAUUAUUACCGACGCCACAGCCCACCCCUGUCCCAUCGGGGGUAGUGAGAUCACCUGCCGGUCCAAACAUAGACUGCUUCCAGGCCAAAGUAUCACCUAUGACUGUUGCCGCAGGGAAAAAGAGACCCCCACCGCCACCACCAGCAAGUUCCCGUCCAGUUUUCGUCACAGCAUUGUAUGACUUUGAUGGCCAGGGGGAUGGCGACCUGAGUUUCCGAGAAGGGGACCGCAUUCGCAUUGUGCGGAAGACACAAAGCACAGAUGAUUGGUGGGAGGGUGAGUUGCGAGGGCAAAAAGGACCUUUCCCUGCCAACUAUCGCGCAGCCCCUGCAGCCAUGGACGCAGCACAGCGGGAAGCCCUGCGACGCACACGUACUAUUUUCCUCUCGGAGGGGCUCCCUCACUACGAGGACCUCCGAACCCUACCCGAGUUGUGGUGGGUCUCAGUGCAACUUACCCUUGAGGACCGCCUCUCUUCCGACGAGGAGUUAAUGGAUUUAAUGGCUGACCGUUGCCGGGAGGGAGACUGCAAGGUCACCAACUACGAGGCCAUGCAUCAUCAGGAAGCCCUUUGGAUCUCGCUCCCAGUCAUGAACUGCGACAAGGACCUUGCGCAGCGCGGCUGGAUCAUUGGGGUUAUCGCCCUUGCUGAGCACUACCAGAUGGAGAUUGCCGCCGGAAACCUUUCGAUCGACCGACAUUAUAUUUUUGAGCCUCGGCCCUAG